CACUCGAGUCUCGAAAACAGAGCAUGGCUGAGUUGUGUUGAAUCUACAGCGAUUUAAAGGUUGAGAGCGGGACUUUUAUCUUAAGCAGCUGAGAGUGCGCCAGCAUGGGUCGGCGCUCGUCUGACAGUGAGGAUGACAAGGGGAGCAGGAGGAAGAAGAAGCAGCGGCGUCGUUCCUCCUCCUCCUCCUCCUCCUCCUCUUCCUCCGGCAGCAGGGUGAGGAGCAGCCGGAGCCGCAGGGCCAGCCGCCGGAGCAGGUCCCGCUCCAGAGACAGAGACAGGAGGAGAAGACAGCGUUCCAGCAGCAGUUCAUCCCGCGGUUCAUCUCACAGGAGGAGGAGUGCCGAGAGGGAGAAAGGGAGGAGCCACCGCUCACGUAGGUCACGCAGCCGGGACAGGAGGUCUCAUUCUCGCCACCGGAGGUCUGGCAGUAGGAGCGGCAGCCACAGCCGUCGAGCAGUGCAAAGCCGCAAAAAGAGCCGCAGCAGAGAGCGAGAGCGAGACCGGAGCCGGCGCAAGGGCCGCGACCGUGAGAGGGACAAGGAGAAAGACAAGGAGCGAGACAGAGGAAAAGACAGAAACAGGGACAGGGAGAAAGACAAGAGUAAAGACAAGGCCGAGAAGAAAGCGGACGCCGAGAACAUCAAAGCCAGAUUAGAACAUCUGACUCCAUCAGAACAAGCCAAAGUUCGAAUGCAACUAGUCCUGCAGGCAGCAGCUAAAACAGAUGAGGUUCUGAAAGCCAAAGUAGCCAAGAGAGAGGAGGAGGCCAAGAAGAAGACGGAGGAAGAGGGAACUUCUCUGGAGGAGCAAGUGCGAAGGAUAAAGGACAUCGAGGCCAUCGAGAGUGAUUCUUUUGUUCCUCAGGCUUUCAAAUCAUCCCGGGAUGACAUAAAGAAGGAGCCAGUCGAGGUGAAGCAGGAGACGGAGGAAUCCUCUUAUGCCAUCGCCCUUCCCACUUCUAUAGUCUACAAUGACAGUGACAUUCUUGCUCAUCCCAGUUUGUUCCUGGACAAGGAGAAGGCUGAGGAGUUGUGGCUAAACAGACUGGUCUCCCUGCGACAGGAGAGGCUGAUGGGAAGUCCUGUUACUUGAAGACCAGAAGACACAGAACCUCAGAUCUAUCUGUUCCCAGAACGCUUUUCAGUUUUUACCUCAUUCAUUUUUGUUGUCUCACUCGCUGCAAUAUCCUGUUUGGACAUCACAGCAUAUCUCAUUUCUACUAAUUCUCUCAGCUGUUAUACUAAUUUGCGAGGACAAGGGUUUGGUUGUAUGUGCUUAUUUUUAUUAAAAUGAAUGAAUGAAUAUGCAUUAUUUGGCUUCAUUUAUUUGGAAUGAAGGGAAAUCUUCUAUGUUCAUGUAAGAUUUGAAACAUAUUGUCUUUGUAAGUUUAUUCAGUGAAUAAAGGCAGUUGUGGCCAUUCUUUGAAAAAAAAUAUUGUGGUGUCAUAGCCGUCGACAAAAUAGAAACAAUAUUUCUCUCUUUAACAAAAGCAUCUGACUCGGCAUUUGUAAAGUUAAGAUGACAUAUAGUUCAGUAUUUACUAUUUUCUACAUUUAAGAUUUGACUCUGUUACAUGGUGAAAAAUAUUAUCUUCAGUCGUUGCACUCAUAUGUAUAGAUAUUGCUAAGAGAUUAAUGUUUUUUCAGUGUUGUGUUCCUGUUUAAGUAGAUUCAUGACAGCAAGUGAACUAAUAGGUCUAUUUGUGGAACUGCCAGAUGGUAAAUCUAUACUGAGUCAGGGACAUGGUGU